AUCUUUCUAUUGUAUAUUGUUGUAGGGGACCAGAGAGCAAAAGCAGCACUGGUUGAUGGAAUGGACUUGUCAUGAAUUAUUCAUGCACUAUCUCGGACCUUGGAAAUCAGCUGGAGGAAGUAGUUAGUCUAGUUUGAUCACUGGCAUGCAGUGCUGAAGGCUUCGGCCAGUGCUCUGGUGGGGGGCAUGGCAUGUGCUUUCUCUGACUACUGGCCGGCAGCUGCUGUGCUGGCAGAGCCUGACCCCCAGGGUGAAGCUCAGGCACCAUGCUGCAGAGGGGAGUUGCCCUGAAAACACCCUGGUGCUUCCCCGAUGGAAAAUGAAGCUUCAGAAUGAGAAAACUUUGGGACAUUCCAUGAGUCAUUCAAGCAACAUAUCUAAGGCUGGGAGUCCUCCAUCUGCAUCCGUUCCAGUGUCUGCCUUCUCUCGCACUUCUGUCACACCAUCCAACCAGGACAUCUGCAGUUCCGGUGCAGUGUUUUCUGACUGUUGUCACCACAGUCCCGUGCAGUCUGCUGUUGUCUUGAAAGCACCUCUCUGCCAGAGGUCUGUGACACAAGGGCUCCCUGUGACAAUUAUCUGUAAAGACACAUUACAGGCACCAAAGAGAAACUCCUUUGGUUCAGAAUGGGUCCAGCCCUUGAAACCUAUGAAGAACUCCAAGGCCAGAAGAACACUAACGUUCUCAAAGUCACUAAACGAUGUGGGUGAGAAGACCCAGGAUGCCUUGGAAAGCUUUGACUACGUGGAGAAGACAUGUUCUGAAGGAAAACUAGCACCCCCUCAACACCCAGGGCUCAGAAAGAAUGGGCCCCAUGCUAAAGAGAAAAGAGCUCUGGCCCGCCCACCUCUUGGUCGUCCCAAGCACUCUCAGGUCUCCUCCCUUUCUACCAACCAUUCAGCCACCACAGAGGUGGAAGCCAGCAAGGGCAGCCUGCACGCCCCUCUCUUAGAAGAGAAAACAGAUGGCGAGUCUGUGUCUCGAAGCCGGCGGCUGCUCCGGUACCUGUUCUCACUCUCCCACAGCUUGAGUGCCAGCAGCCUGCACAGGUUCCAUGAGCUAGAGAGCCAUGCCGUUCACUUGCAUGCCACCAAGUCCUCCAGUGGGCUGGCAGGGAGCCCAGACUUCUGCUCCGAUGAAAUGGGAGAUGACGACGUCUUUGAGGACAGCACUUCUGUCACACUGAAGAGCAGGGUCCUGCGGGCGCCCCUGUGCUCAGUGGAGAAAGACAGUGACCUGGACUGCCCUUCCCCGCUCUCUGAAAAGCGCCCCCCCACCUCACCUGUCUCUACCUCAGGGGAUGCCUGCAGGAUCUGCCACUGCGAAGGUGACGAUGAGAGUCCUCUGAUCACCCCAUGCCGCUGCACAGGCAGCCUCCACUUCGUACAUCAGGCCUGCCUGCAGCAGUGGAUCAAGAGCUCUGACACGCGCUGCUGCGAGCUCUGCAAGUAUGAGUUCAUCAUGGAGACCAAGCUGAAGCCUCUGAGGAAAUGGGAGAAGUUGCAGAUGACAGCCAGUGAGCGGAGGAAGAUCAUGUGCUCAGUGACCUUCCAUGUCAUCGCCAUCACCUGCGUGGUCUGGUCCUUGUAUGUGCUGAUUGACCGCACCGCAGAGGAGAUCAAGCAGGGCCAGGUAACAGGAAUCCUAGAAUGGCCCUUUUGGACGAAAUUGGUGGUUGUGGCCAUUGGCUUCACUGGAGGACUUCUUUUUAUGUAUGUGCAGUGCAAAGUGUACCUCCAAUUGUGGAAGAGACUCAAGGCUUAUAACAGAGUGAUCUAUGUUCAGAAUUGUCCAGAAACAAGCAAAAAGAAUAUUUUUGAAAAACCUGCACUAACAGAGCCCAACUUUGAAAAUAAAGAUGGACGUGGCAUCUGUCGUUCCGACACAAACUCUCCUUCCUGCACAGAGCCUGAGGACACUGGCGCAGAAAUCAUUCAUGUCUGAUGGUGGAGGAUGCCACUCCCUGGACAUCCACGAAGAGCUGAAGGAUUUGUUUACUGCCAACUGUAUACCUUUCUUGAGUCCUUUAAUAGCAUAGACUGUGCGGGUGACUUACAGUGGCCUCUGUCUUUCUGACUCUCCUUGGCAAGUCUCCUGAAAGUCCUAUGGGGCAGACAGUACUGGGCCCCACUUUUGCCUGCUGCUCUGUAGGACAGGAAGGUGGGAUACUCCACACACACACCAUGGCUGAGUUCCUGCCCACCCUCCGGAGCAGAGUGAGAGAAUAAAGGGCCAUGCUAGGAAGAUCAGCAGGGCCCAAAGUGAGCCAUCCCUGCCCAGAGCCCGGGGCUAGGAAUGUGCAGGGCUGGGUGAGGAGAGUCGGGGGAUGGGGUAGAAGAGCCCCCAUAUACAAGCACCUGCCUUCCUUUGUUGGCAUUCAAGCAGAUGAGGCCUCAGAGCCCAAUGACACAUGGUUCACUGAACAAACAGCACUUUACAAAAGAGAAUCUUUAUUUUGUGAUACCUGUGUCUAGUGGGGUUGACACUUAAAAGAGCAUCAGACUCAGAAAUCUCCCUUUGUUGCCCUUACCUCCUUCUCAUCAAAGUAGAUCUGAAACCCUUUUUGCCUUACGUACUUUGAGUAGCAAGAUGUCCUCAGUGCCCAAAUGACAGACGUGUGGCUGGUCAGCAGGGCAGAGGCUGACCAGAGCCCAGUUGAUGGGAGCAGAUGGUUGCUCAGUGGCAGUGAGCGAGAUUCCUGCUUCCUGCGGCUUGGAGCCUGGUUCGGCUUGCCAUGCAUUUUUGUCAGCACUGAAGAAGGGUUUUGAGAUGGAAGCAGAAAAGAAGUGAGUGCUUAGGAGAGACAAGUACUUAGGAAAUGUUCCUUGACAGAUAGCUGUCUACUACACUGGUAUCAGCUGUGCAGAAAGAGCAGGUGCCAUAGGCGCGGGCACUCCUGUGCUGGCUCCUACAGGGAGCUCUGAGGAGUCACUGUCAGGGCCAGGAGGCAGGCAGGCAGGCAGGCAGGCCGGUUCUGGUAGGCCCUGGCAUGAGCCACAAACUACUGUGGGUCCCUCUGUCACUGCUCUGAAACCCACACCAACCCAUUGUCGCCUUAACCACAUAGAACAGACAGGAUGGCCCCAUACCCAGUCCAUUCUGCCAUCAGGGAUUAUCUCCAGCACCAUUUUUCAUACCACAGACUAAACCAAAAUCACUGCCAUCAAAUGGCCUUUGCUCCUUUAAAAAGCCAGAUGAAAAUUCUGCUCUUGAAGCCCAGUGUCAGUGCCAGGCAAAUAGCUCCAGAGGUAGCUAUGCCACAUGCUGUGAGUGACCCAGAGCCUGAGUCUCCUGGGGUGAGACAGCACAAUGCCUGGGUGUCCUGCCCUGGAAUGGGAUGGAACAAACACAAGAAUCGUUUUCUUUGCAGUUGCAUGGAGAAGCCCUGUGGUUGGUGGGAAAGGCAGGAGGCAGCCUUUGAACUGGGGGAGGCUGAGAGAACAGGUCCUGUCCUGCUGCUUCUGGAUCGAAUCUGACUUGCUGGAGUCCCAGGACCUGUGGGGAGCUGACUCUGAUGUCACCCUGUGCUCCCUGCGUCCCAGGUCCCAUCCAGCCUGUCUCUGUGCUCACUGUGCCCCCAAAGUGCAAUUACCCACAUUCCUUCUCAGCCUGGGGACACCAGGCAGCUACAGACUGCCCACUCAGGGGAGCUGAGCCCCAGGCACCCCUUAGGAGCUGCCCAGCUAGGUUUGCGGUCCUGUCUACCCAUCCCUGCCACCCUCCCCGCAGUAGAUGAAUUUAUGAAGAGGCCAGAAUCAGAGUUUGCAUGUGAAUCCCUCCCACGGGGCCCCUCAGGCUGAACUUGAGAAGCACGGAUACUUUCUAUGGAGAGAAGUAGACUUAGGGGUAGCCCUAGCGGGUGUCCUGGGGGGAGGUGGCAGCAUCCCUCUUAUGGCAAAGGUGCCUUUGGAACCAUGCCAACCACAUGCUCUUCAAAUCCGUCUUCCUCCUUUUCAGGAGGUCUUGACCCCUUUUCUCCUUUGACCAGUGCUGGCAUUGCACGCUGCCACCCCUUGCCUUUCUCCCUCCUGGAUCUAGUUCAGCGCCUGUGAUCCAACAGAACCUAGCCUCUGUCCAUCAGUGACUCAGUGAAACAGGUGGCAUCAUGCUGCCCUCUAGUGGGGACUCUGGAUCUGCGCAAGCUCCCAUAGUCUGUCCACUUGCCUCUGCUUUUGUGGGGCUGCCUGUCCAAUUUUUGCCUCCGUUUGUGCCUGUCUUUAGUGGUAGGAUGGCCUAGGGCUGAAACAAACAGUCCUGGGAUGAGGCCUCAGAGCCAGGAGGGCUGAUGCUUUUAGGCCAGGCAAAGGGGAAGAAGGAAACUGUCUCAGGGUGUCACAGCCAGCCCUCUCUCCAGCUUGGCCUUUACCCCAUGAGUCAUAGUUCCACUGAUGGGCUUCUGACUUUAUCUGCCAGAAGUCAUUUAGGGUGUGUGCCCACUUUAUUUUAAAAAAGAAUUCUCUGGAAAUGUAAAAGUUCUCUUCCUACUCCAAACCUCUGUGUGUCUCCUUCAGUGCUCUAACUAGCAUAAUGUGUCCAGAGCCUUGGGAGGCCCCUGCAGGGGGUGGGGCUGGGGCUGGGGCUGUAGAGUGAAGAGCAUGCCCCCUCCCCUAAGGUGUGGCUGGAUGCAAGUACACUUGUGAGGUACUACCCCUUUGAAUCUGAUUUGAAAUAUGCAACUUCCAAGCCUAGCCCAAGGAAGGAUGGAAACAUAGGGAACCUAAAAGCAUUUGUCAUUCGUUUUGGAAGAAAUUAAAAGUUGUACAGCUGUCUGGUGCACAUUUAGAUGGUAAUGUUUAUAGAAAGUUGAUUGUUAAUAAAAACCAAAUUUACACUG